AUGGUGUUUACGCCGCGGGAAGAUGUGGCUCUUGAAGAUCUGGAGAGAAUCCUGCCGCCGUUAGGGUUUGGAAGCGGGGGUCGCGUGUACCGCGUUCGGCAUAAGAAAACGGGCAAGGAAUACGCACUAAAGGUGAUUCAGGAAAAAUACGAUGAGGAAGUGCGGAAGCAGAUUAUCCAAGAAAUGCAGAUCCUACGGCGCGCGCGAUCCGAUCAUGUGGUGGAGUGUUACGGUAUCUUUGACCACCUCGGGGAGAUCUCGUUUGUCCUGGAGCUCAUGGAUGGUGGCACUCUGGCGGACGUGACUAAGAAGAGGGGCAAGAUUCCCGAGUCAUUCAUGCCAGAGGUGGCGCGGCAGUGCCUGCAGGGGCUGCUGUACCUGCAUCGGCAGCACGUGGUGCAUCGUGACAUCAAGCCCUCCAACCUGCUCUUCAACCGCCAGGGCCAGGUGAAGAUAGCUGAUUUCGGGGUGAGCAAGGAGCUGGCGUCCACCCUCGCGCAGUGCAACUCCUAUGUCGGCACCUCCGCCUACCUCUCCCCCGAGCGCAUCAACCCGCCGCCAGGCGAGGGCUACGACGGCUACCUCUCAGACGUCUGGUCCAUGGGCCUCUCGCUCCUCGAGCUCGUGAUUGGCCGGUUCCCAUACGUGCAGGCCGGGCAGUCGGCCGAUUGGAUGACGCUUUUUGGCGCGAUCGUUUUCAACGAGCCGCCUGAGGCUCCGGGCCGUGCAGACCCAGACCGUGCAGAGCCAGACUGCUGUGGGGCCAAUGGGCCAAGUAGGAGGCCAGCAAAUGAGCGUGCAAAAGAGCCAACAAUCCAGCCAGGGUUUUGCACAGGGGCAGGCUAA